AUGCCAGAAGCUCAACAACUCGAAUGGCUUCAAGCAGGAAUGUGGCAUACCACACUCGAAGAAUUCCUCAAAUACACUAUCACCUCCACCAAGGAGCUAAAGAACUACGCCAUUCAAAUUGAAGCAAAGCAGAGCCUGGUCCCUAAAAUCAAAGCGGAGCAAGACGAAGAAGACCGCACUGCAAGAUUAGUGCAACAAGCCCAACAGAUCGGUGAACAACCACGAUACGUGCCCCCAUAUCAACGCAACACGGGUAGCUACGCCGACAACAGAUCGAUACCCAAUAAUCAGUGGGUAUCUCAACAGUCAUCUGAGUGGCGUAACCGUUGCUAUCAACGCGGCACGUUCGGACACAUUGCUCGAGACUGCCAUUCUCAUCAUUCAAAAAAACUUUCGGGGGAAUGA